AUGUCGUCUGCAGUGGCCGCAGAGGAGUUAUUUGUGUGGAUGCACAACAAUGAAGGAUGAAGCAACGCUGUCUUUCUUCCUCAUUUUCAUACCAUCUUUGAGGGGAUUUCAAGAAGGUUAAGCCUUCAAGAUGAAGGAAGUUACAUCUGCUAUGCGGGAACAGCAUUUGGAAAAACCACAAGCAAAGUAGUGCUAAAGAUGGGAGCUUUCCUCAUGCCUAUGAUGAAGUAUGAAACAAGGAACACAAGUGCCUUCCUAACAUGUUAUGUGCUAACGGUUUAUCCUCGUCCAACUAUCACAUGGCAAGUGGGCAAUACAACUGUCUUUGAAAGCACUAUGGAAGAAAUUGGGCCGUUGCCUCCCUUUUAUAUCAAAAGUACACUGAAUAUUACAUUUUCAAAUACAUCUUAUGAAUGUGUCAUUGAAAAUUCACUGCUGAAGCAAACAUGGAGAGGACGAUGGAUGAUGAAAGAACACCUUCAUAAAAUGCAAAGUGAAGACGUUUCACUCUCAUGUCAGCUUACCAACAACUUUUCUCUACAAAAUCAAGACUUCACAGUCAUGUGGUCCAGAAAGAAAAGUGGGACUUCCUCGAUGCUUGCUUACUUUUUGAGCUCUUCACAAAACACAAUUAUCAAUGAACCCCGAUUCUCAUGGAACAAAGAGCGAAUAAACCAGAAUGACUUCUCUUCGACUUUGACAGAUCUUGCUCUUUCAGACAGUGCAGAAUAUUUAUGUAAUAUUUCUUCAAGAAAAUAUGCUUUACUCAUGGUGCACACACUGCAAGUAGGAGCCAUUUUUUCACAGAAACAAAAGGUGCACCCAAGUAGAGAACAAAAGAGAUGCGAGGAAGAUGAUGCUCAAACUGCGAGUGCUAAGUGCUGGAGAGAGACUGAGGAUCUGGGAAAUGGCGAGAGGCUACAGCAGGGAUGCCCACACAUCACGUCACUCAUGGGCGUCCAGCCUACUGCUCAGUGA